UUGGGUGCACUGGUCGUUUGACUGUCAAAAGUUUCGAGAGAGAGCUUUCUCUCUCUUAAAGGGUUUAAAUACCAGGCCUUCUUUCACCAUAGAGAAUCAACAAACCCCCUUAGAAAAUUCGCCUCUCUCUCUCUCUUUUUCUAUCUCAUUCAAAGAUUUGGAGGAUUUGGGUCUUGGGUUUCUUGUUCUGCAUAUGAAUCUGAAGGAUUAGAGCGAUUUUCUUUUGCUUUCUCUGCAAAUUUGCAGAGAUUUGUAGACUCUCUUCAACUUGGAGAAACCAGAUAUUAUUCAAGUACAAGCUCACCAGAAUAUCAGAGUUUGUUGUGUUCUUUUCGUCUUUUGGGGAUUCCUCUUCCUUCUUAAAAUCCCAAAAGAAUAUCCCCAAAAUUUCAAUUUUUUCUUUUUGCAGGAAACUGAGCUUUAUCUCACAACUCUUUCACCUUUCUGACGAAGAUCUACAGUUUCACCACUGCAAAAACCCACCUUUAACCUCUACUACUCCAUUUGAGGUGUGAAUCUAGAGUGUUCAUCUCCCUGAAAAAGAGUUCGUGAGAUCUUUUCCUGAGGCUUCGGAGCCUCAUAAACAAGGAUUUCAGCUCUUUCUAUUGAAGAAAAAGAACCCCAUUUUGCAAAAAGUGGGAUAGCUCAAACCUCUGCAGAAAAAGCCAUGGGUUCAGAUACUGGAAAGGGGCCAGAUAUCCAGUCAGAGUCAAACUGGGACUCAGAGAGCGUGGGAAGCGACCGAGUCGGAUUCAGUGGACCGUUGAGCGGACCAUUAAGCGGCCCACUAAACAAGAGAGGCGGCCGAAGAAGCGCUCGAUUCAAUAUUCCCGAGCCAUCCACGCAAAACCCGGACGACGGCUAUGUCGAGAUUACACUCGAUGUCCGUGAUGACUCGGUGGCGGUUCACAGCGUGAAACCGGCGGGUCAAGACAACGAAGACCCGGAAGUGACCCUCUUGGCUCGGACUCUAGAGAAGAAAACAUCGUUGGGUUCAUCGGUUAUCAGGAGCGCUUCUUCAAGGAUAAAACAGGUCUCUCAGGAGUUGAGGCGACUCGCUUCUAUCACGAAGCGCCCUGCUCCCGGUCGAUUCGAUCGGACUAAAUCGGCAGCUGCUCAUGCAUUGAAAGGGCUCAAGUUCAUCAGCAAAACUGAUGGUGCAUCUGGUUGGCCUGCUGUUGAGAAGAGGUUUGAUGAGCUUGCAGUUAAUGGAGUGUUACCCAAAGCUCUCUUUGGACAAUGCAUAGGGAUGAAAGAGUCCAAGGAGUUUGCUGGUGAGUUAUUUGAGGCUCUAGCAAGGAGGAGGAAUAUAACUUCCAAUUCAAUCUCAAAGACUGAGUUACAAGAGUUUUGGGAACAGAUCUCAGAUCAAAGCUUUGAUUCUAGGCUUCAAACCUUCUUUGAUAUGGUUGAUAAGAAUGCUGAUGGCAGAAUCAAUGGAGAAGAGGUCAAAGAGAUUAUCACAAUGAGUGCCUCAGCAAACAAGCUGUCCAAGAUCCAAGAACGAGCCGAGGAGUACGCGGCCCUUAUAAUGGAGGAAUUAGACCCUGAUAGUCUUGGUUACAUUGAGCUUUACAACUUGGAGAUGCUUCUGUUGCAAGGGCCAAGCCAAUCAGUGAAGGGGGUUCAACAAAGCCAUAACCUUAGCCAAAUGAUAAGCCAAAAGCUGAAACCCACAAAGGAGAAUAACCCAAUUAGGAGGGGGUAUCAAAGGGCGAAGUACUUUUUGGAGGACAAUUGGAAAAGGGUGUGGGUUUUGAUGCUCUGGAUGUGUAUAAUGACUGGGCUUUUCACAUGGAAAUUCAUUCAGUAUAAGCAUAGGGCUGUGUAUGAAGUGAUGGGGUAUUGUGUAUGCACUGCUAAGGGGGCAGCUGAGACUCUCAAGUUUAACAUGGCCAUAAUUUUGUUUCCUGUUUGUCGAAAUACAAUUACUUGGCUGAGGGCCAGGACCAAGCUCGGUGUUGUGGUCCCAUUUGAUGAUAAUAUCAACUUCCACAAGGUAAUUGCGGCUGGCAUUGUGGUUGGAGUAGGAUUACACGCUGGUGCUCACUUGACGUGUGAUUUCCCACGCCUGCUCCAUGCUACUCCUAAGGAGUACGAACCCAUGAAACAAUUCUUUGGACAAACUCAACCGCCCAACUAUUGGUGGUUCGUUAAGGGAGUAGAGGGAGUAACGGGCGUCAUAAUGGUGGUCUUCAUGACUAUUGCAUUUGUGUUGGCCACUCCAUGGUUCAGGAGAAACAGGCUUAACCUCCCUACGCCUCUCAAGAAGCUCACCGGUUUCAAUGCCUUUUGGUACUCCCACCACCUCUUUGUGAUAGUCUAUACCCUCUUCGUUGUCCAUGGUAUCUACCUCUACUUGAGCAAGGAAUGGUACAAGAAAACAACGUGGAUGUACCUGGCGGUCCCCGUUUUGUUGUACGCAUGUGAAAGGCUUGUACGGGCUUUCAGAUCAAGCUCUCAGCCAGUGAAAAUCCUCAAGGUUGCUGUUUAUCCUGGAAAUGUGUUGGCUCUACACAUGUCAAAGCCACAAGGGUUCAAGUACAGGAGUGGGCAAUACUUGCUUGUCAAUUGUGCAGCUGUUUCGCCAUUUGAAUGGCACCCAUUCUCAAUCACGUCAGCACCAGGUGACGAUUACCUCAGUGUUCAUAUCCGAACCUUGGGUGAUUGGACAGGCCAACUCAAAGCUGUUUUCUCAGAGGUAUGCCAGCCUUCAACUGGUGGGAAAAGUGGUUUGUUGAGAGCGGAUUACAUGCAAGAGGAAGGCAACCCAAGCUUCCCAAGGGUGCUGAUCGACGGCCCCUACGGCGCCCCGUCGCAGGAUUACAAGAAAUACGACGUGGUCCUCCUGGUUGGCCUGGGCAUCGGCGCCACCCCCUGCGUGAGCAUUGUGAAAGACAUCAUGAACAACAUCAGGGCGAGCGAGGAGGAGGAGAGAGAGGAGAAGGACCUAGAGAGAGGAGGUGCCCUCCGGACCACUGCCACCCCGACGAAGAAGAAGUUCAAGACCCAGAGGGCCUACUUUUACUGGGUCACCAGGGAGCAGGGCUCGUUCGAGUGGUUCAAGGGGGUGAUGAACGAGGUGGCAGAAGCGGACCAGAAUGGGGUCAUUGAGUUCCACAACUACUGCACCAGCGUCUACGAGGAGGGGGACGCCAGGUCGGCUCUGAUCGCCAUGUUGCAGAGCUUGCACCACGCCAAGAGUGGGGUGGACAUAGUUUCAGGGACCAGGGUGAAGACCCACUUUGCUCGGCCAAACUGGAGGGCCCAGUUCAAGAGGAUUGCCAUCAAUCACCGUGAGAAGCGUGUUGGUGUAUUCUACUGUGGUGCUCCGGCCUUGACAGGAGAGCUACGCCACCUCUCUCUAGAAUUCUCGCGCAAAACCACCACGCGCUUCGACUUCCACAAAGAGAACUUCUAGAAGGCCCUUUCUCUCUCCUUGUAUGUAUUAUAUUUGAGAUCAAAUCACAUAUUCCACAUUCUUUUUUUUCAUUUUUGGUUCUAUAGUCUAGAAAGAGAAAGUGUGAACAAGCAAAGUGGCCUUGAAAAUGAACCAAGGAGCGCGUGGGCCCACCUCCUCCUAAUCUCAACAAACCUACCCUUAGUGAUGGAUGAUAUCACGAUGGUCUAAAGAAUGCAAGCUAGCUGGCCUCCAUCUCUCUCAUCCAACUUUUUCUAGAGAGAGAAAGUGGGGUCCCAAAGUUUGAAAAUAGAGCCAAGUCCGAGGUGGUGGGAUGAGCACCGAGUCGUUGCGUGUGAUAUCAGCAAGGUGGGCAUAGGUUUGGGUCUUUUGCAUCCACAUAUUUGGGAUUUGCUUUAAUAAUUCUUUUUAGGGAGAGAUAAAGAUUUUUAGAGAGAGAAACCACGAUUUUUGUUGGGUCAAAGUAAUUAGUGAGUAAAUAAGGAAAGUGGGUUGGCGUCGAAAAAGGAUGUCCUUUCUUUUGUAUUUCUAUGUAGUUGGUGUGAGAUAUAAAUAUGAUGUAGUGCUACGUCUGUGAUUAAAUUUGUUCCAAAAUUAAUGCAAGGUUUCCAUAUACCUUUGUACUACAAAAAAAACAUGUAUGUGAUAGUUGUUUCCUUUAUUAA